AUGGCCGCCAUUCCGCCGACAAUGCGUGCCUGGGUGGGCAUGCGGCGCGGCCCCGUCCGCAGCUCACUCGAGCUGAUCCCCGACUUCCCCACACCCGCAGUCCCGGCGGAAUCGUCCUCCGACGUACUGAUCCGCGUGUCGCACGUGGCGCUGCAAGUCAAUAGCGAGUUGUUCUUUAAGGCGCUGCCCAAGCUGUCUCUGACCGGCCCGUUUAUCCCGGAGCUCGAGCUGUCCGGUGAGGUGGUGGCGGCCGGGGAGAACGCGCCCGCCGAGGUACGCGACCCGGGAACGCACGUCGUGGCUUUCGAGGUCGCUCCCCUCAAGGUGAUUUUGGGUCGUGGCAUGCUGGCUGAUUAUGUGCGGCUGCCCAGUAGUCAAGUCGUGCGAAUUGACCCUGCUGUUGACAUGGCGUCGGCUUCGGGUCUCAGCUGCUCCGGGUGCGCCGCGCUCAAGAUGAUCCGCACGGUGGGGGUGCGCGAGGGUCACACAGUGCUGGUCAACGGGGCCAGUGGCUCCGUCGGCUCGCUCCUCGUGCAGCUCUGCAAGCUGCGCGGCGCCAAAGUGGUGGGUGUGGCCAGUGGUGGCAACGAGGCCAUGGUGCGCGGCAUGGGCGUAGACGAGGUAGGAGAGAGGCCUGCUUGGUAUCUUGCUGCUGGACUAACGCCUGCGCAGUUUGUCGACUACCGACAACACGAUCCGCUCCCAGCUUUCUUGGCGAAUCAGUAUGGCGACAAGCCGUUCGACUUUAUCCUCGAUUGCGUCGGCACGCAAGCCCUCUUCGUACACUCUCCAGGUUAUCUCAAGGCCGAUGGCGCCCUGGUCAAUAUUGGUAUGCUCGAAAACAUGCUUGCGACGACAUUCCACAUCCUGCUCAAUACCCUGUUACCCACCUGGUUGGGUGGCGUGCCCCGUCGCUAUAUGAUGGUCAGUUCGCCUCCGCUGCGCGACGACGUGGUCUACUUGGCCCACCUAGUCGAGGAGGGACACUUACGGAUUCCCGUCGACUCGGUCUUCGCCAUGGAGGAUGCACUGCUCGGCUAUGAUCGCAUCGCUACCAAACGCUCCAAGGGUAAGGUUGUAGUCAAUGUGCGUGGCGACUAG